CGUAGCCGCAGCGUAGGUGGAGGGGAGGGAAUUUUGAGCUUUGGGCAAUAGUACAUACCCAAUUUUUGUGCUUGUCCCGUGGCUGAGUGGCCAGCAAGGUCCCUUCACACCCACACCCACACCCGAUCCAAUUGUUUACCUACUUUGGAUAUCGCGAUCGCGACUCAACUUGCUUGUCCUAGGUACACAUAGCACAAUGGCUGGACCCCGCGUUCUCGCGGCCAAUGUCGUGCGGGCUGUGCCUCGUGUGAUGACGGCCUCUGCCACGGCUUCGCUUUGGCGACUCAGCGCACAAGCUGGACGCGCCAGACUGAGCUUGACCAGAGCUCCCCGCCAUUGUCUCCGAGUAGCAUCUUAUUCCUCCUCUGCAGGUGGUGCUGCUAGCUCCCCUCCCCCACCUUCGACCCUCAGCAGCUCGAGACCGGCGACGAUCGAGGUCAAUGGCAAGACCUACACCACCGACGAAUGGUACAACGUCCCCCAGACCGUCCUCGCUCUCACCGGCCGCAAGCUUCAUCUCCAGAAAGACCACCCCGUUGCCAUCACCCGCCAGAUCAUCGAGUCCAAGUUCUCCACGGCCACCUACAAGCGCUACAAUGAGUUCGACCCUGUCGUCAGCACCAUCGAGAACUUUGACUCGCUCGGUUUCCCGCCCGACCACGUCGGCCGCGCCCGCUCCGACACCUACUACAUCAACGAGACCACGCUCCUGCGCACGCACACUUCAGCCCACGAGGCCGAGCUCUUCCGCGCCAGCGCCUCGGACGGCUACCUGAUCAGCGCCGACGUCUACCGCCGCGACGAGGUCGACCGCAGCCACUACCCCGUCUUCCACCAGAUGGAGGGAGCCCGCGUGUGGGACCGCACCAAAGUGCCCAAUGGCGACGUCGUGGCCGCCAUCUACGCCGACCUGGCCAAGCUGCCCACGCACGACGUCAAGGUCGAGGACCCCAACCCGCCGCACCACCCGGAGCGUAACCCACUGCAGAGCAAGCAUCAUAGCCCUGAGGAGGCCGAGGCCAUCGCCGCCCACCUCAAGCGCUCGCUCGAGCUCAUGGUCGUCGAGAUCUUCACCCGCGCCAAGCAGGCCGCCGCUCGUCAGGAUCCCAACUACGUCGACGAGCCGCUGCGUGUCCGCUGGGUUGAGGCCUACUUCCCCUUUACGUCGCCUUCGUGGGAAUUGGAGGUGUACUACCAGGGUGACUGGCUUGAGGUGCUGGGCUGCGGUGUCAGCAAGCAGGAACUGUUCAUCAAUGCGGACCAGCCGCAACAGCUCGGCUGGGCGUUCGGUAUUGGUCUUGAGCGCAUCGCCAUGCUGUUGUUCCAGAUCCCCGACAUCCGUCUUUUCUGGUCCAAGGAUGAGCGUUUCCUGAGCCAGUUCACCGGCGUGCAGGAUAAUCUUGACAAGCUGAAGCGCUUCGUCCCCUUCUCCAAGUAUCCGGCUUGCUGGAAGGAUGUGUCCUUCUGGCUGCGGUCAACGUCUGCGGCGGGUGGAAACACUGCCGUGGCCAACGUGCAUGACUUUCAUGAAAAUGACCUGAUGGAGGUGGUGCGUGAAGUGGCCGGUGAUGUGGUUGAAGACGUCCAGCUGAAGGACCAGUUCACCCAUCCCAAGACGGGCAGGAAGAGCAUGUGCUAUAGAAUCAACUACAGGAGCUUGGAAAAGACUCUGACGAACGAGGAGGCCAACGACUUCCAUGAGCGGGUAAGGCAAGGAUUGGUGGAGAAGCUUGGUGUUGAGCUUAGGUAGACACGACGUAGCAGAGACGAUCGAGUGUAUGAUAACGGUAGGUGUAGUUGACGUGUUUCAUGUGGAAGACCGUGGCCAUGAUAUAUGUAUGGCUUCUUCUUCUCUCCCCUGUCGGAAGAUUUCUUUUUUGUUAUGUACGGUUUCCAAAACGUACUGCCACAAAGGGACGACUUUUUUUCCCCCCAACUUCUUGAUAGUCUCCCACAACCAUAUCAUACCUAGCAUCAGCGUCUAGCCCACACACCAAACGCUUCAUCUGCUUCCACACCCUAAUUCAAACACCCAAAACCAACUAAAUCUUACAACACCAUUCCCCAAGAUCAAACCAUCAUCGUUUCCACCCUCAAGAAGGGGAAGCCAGCCUCUCCAAAUCCUUCAACCCAUCAGUAGGUCUCGGCCCCCCUUUUCUCCUC